ACAUAGUUCCAUGGUCCGUGUUAUGGUAUAGGAGAUAUUUAAAAACAAAACAAAAGAGAGAAUACAAAACUGUGUAUAUUAUGUAACGAUACAAACCGCUUUAAUCUUGUAUUCUGAACUGUUUUGUAAAAUAAUAGAAUAGUUAGAAUAGAAUAACAAUAUAGCGGAAGGUUAUUGUAGCCUCAGUAAAAGGGCUACCCAGUAUACUAGAGCACUAUGAGGCUGAGAGAUAUUAUAAAACACUAAUGAAGUGAAAAAUCUUUUGAAAGAUUUUCCAGCUGGUUAAACAGCUAUAUGGAAGAGCAUUGUGAAACCAUGUGUGAUGAGGAGCAGCUUUAUAACAAGGAACAGAAUGAGACUGGGAUGGAGACUUCGAACAAGGCUGGUAACAAGGACAAAGACAUAAUUGGCACAAUGUGCAGUAAAAACUCUCACAAAAAGAGAAGAAUCCAAAAACAUAAUUCUCCAGAUUGGUCUCAGAAUAUGGAGGUGGAUCCUGAGAGUCCAGAUCCUCAAGCAAAAAAGCAGCGCAAAGAAGAAAAGGCAUCAGGUCACAAGGGGAAAACAACUGUUGUGUCAGUAAAUGAUCAUGUGGCAGAGGGCACAGAACACAUGUUUCGCACUCACAUAUGUACCGAAUGUCGGCGCUGCUUUAAGACACGCUCUCACCUGAUAGAACACAUGCGGCUUCAUUUUCCUGACCCCAGCCUGCAGUGUCCUGUCUGCAAGCACUACUUUACCAGCAAAAGCAAGCUGCGUAUUCACAUGCUAAGGGAGUCUGGAAAGAAGCUGCAUCGCUGUCAGCUGUGUGAGUAUGCUGCCGUGGAACGUAACACCCUGCAUCGUCACAUCGCCAGCGUGCAUGGUCAUCAAGGAGAAAAGGAUGCUCCCAAAGAUCUUUACACAUGCCCUACCUGCCAAAAGAGCUUUCAACAGAGUCAGGCAUUAAAAAGUCAUAUGAAGUCCCAUCAUAUCACAGAGAAUGGGCAGCCUCUGCCAUGCUUCCACCAAGGCUGCUCCUUUCAAUCCACAGAUAAGAAGCUGCUUCAGAAGCAUGCGUUGGAUUCACAUGGUCUCAAGGCUAUAGAAUGUCAUCACCACGCCUGCUGUGCACUGUUUGGAAGCAAAGAGGAUAUGGAGGUUCAUUUUCGCACACAUCAACCCUUUCAUUGCACACAGUGUGACUUCUCAUGUUCCAACAAGAGCCGUUUCCAGCAACACAUAAGACAAGGCCAUGCUGGAGAGACGCAGCUCAGAUGUAGCUUCUGUCCUUUCACCUCUUUUAAUCCAGUGGAGUUUGAUCAGCAUGUAGGACAUCUUCAUGCCAAUGAGAAAACACACAAGUGCCCAGAGUGCAGCUUUAAGUCUGCUCACAAAAGAGUUCUUAAAAGACACAUGUUGGUGCAUACUGGUGAAAAGCCACACAAAUGUUCACUGUGUGAAUUUAGAUGCCGGGAUGAGACGUAUCUCUCGAAACACAUGCUGACACACUCUAAAGACAAGCAGCACAUGUGUUCAGAAUGUGGUUAUGUUACCAAAUGGAAACACUACCUAAAUGUCCACAUGCGGAAACACAAUGGUGAUCUCAGGUACAAAUGUAACCAGUGCAUGUAUCGUUGUCACCGCAUUGAUCAGCUGAACAGCCACAAGCUCCGUCACCAAGCAAAAACCCUUAUUUGUGAGGUUUGUGCUUACUCCUGCAAGAGAAAAACCGAACUGCUCAAACACAUGCAGGUCAAACAUGCAAUUGGGGAAGACCACCAGCUUCCUCUUCUCCAGUGCAAGUUCUGUACUUACACAACAAAGUACCGUCAAGCUCUACACAACCAUGAAAACUGCAAACACACUCGAACCAGGAUGUUUCGCUGUGCCCUUUGCUCCUACACCACAUUUAGCAAUACUGCACUGUUUCUACACAAGCGGAAGACUCAUGGGUACAUUCCUGGCGACGUGAAGUGGUUGGAAACGUAUGCAGAGAAAGAGAGACAAAACAGUUCUGUGGAUGUGAUUCAGAAUUUCUACUCUACAGUUGAAGAGAACUCUGGAGGACAAGUGGAUUCUUGUAGUGAUUCAAAAAACACAAAGCAGGCAGAAUCACAAAAUAUGACUAAUGAUGUCAAUUCCCAAAUUCCCAUUAGCUGUGAAAGAACAACAAAUGGUAGGGAAAAUGUAAAUAACUUAGAGCACCAGGUUAGUUCUGAUGCUAGUGCACUGGGAGAGGAGAUAAACACUGUCACUGAUGAUCAAGCAGCUAUCCAGUUAACCUUAUUAACAAACACUGAAUAUGCUCACAGGGGACCUUUAGAAAAACAUGAAACCACACCCACGGAUCUCCUAGAUGGUGACUCCCCAAAAUCCACCACCUCAUACGAUGCCCCUCAUAACCUUAUCGAACCCGUAAGUGCAGAGGAAGAUGAUGCUGUGUCAAACUGCGAGGAAGGGCAAGCAAUAAACAAAGGGAAUGAAAUGUUGACCCACCAAUCCCAAAUUUCAGCAGCUCAGCAAUCAGUUUCCACAGAUGCUCCAUUAGCUGAGGAGGCAUGUUCAGAAACUCUGCUCCAAGUUAUGAGGAAGCAGGACAAAGACCAAGCCGAAGCUCUGAUUAUGGAGGGUCGCGUGCAGAUGUUGGUAAUCCAGACCAAAGACAAUGUCUACCAGUGUGAUCGCUGCUCGUAUGUGACACGUAAGCAUGCGGCCUUAGCACGCCACUGCAGGUCAUCCUGCCAGGUGAUGAAAGCAACACUUCAGUGCCAGGACUGUGGUUUACAGUUCAAACAACUACGCUCAUUUAACACCCACCGUCUCAGAAAGUGCCAUGCACUGCAAAAGAAGAAGAGAAAACUUACGACUUCAAGAGACAGUGAAACUGUACAGGAAAUGUAUGAAUUACAUAAUCAAAAUGUUACCAGAUGUCUGGUAUCUCCUGACACAGGAACAGAUGGAUGUGAGGAGAAUAUGGAACAAGCUACAGCAAAAAAGAGAGCAAAGACUGUCCAAGACGAGAAAAAUUCACACAAUAAUUCUUCUCCAGCUGAUUCCAAGAGUGUGGCAGUUCGUGACUCCUCUGAUUACCUUGAAGAAGAUAGUAAGUUCACCUGCAUAAAAUGUUUAUUUUCAUGUAGCAGUAAAACUACAAUAUCUCGCCAUUGCACAGCCUGCUCCAGAAGCACACCAAAAAGAAACCAAAAUGUAAAUGAAGCGGUCUCUGAGGCAGAUAAAGAGCACAGCGAAAGAGACCAGGAGCUGGAACAAGCUGAUGGAGAAAACCAAGGUGGCACUGGAAAAAAAAUAAAGACUACAAAACGAUUUUCCUGUUCAAAUUGUCCAUUUGUUUGCCAACAGAGGAGAGCAUUAACAACCCAUAAGAAACGGGGUUGUUUAAAGCCCGGGGAGAUCCAGUGCCAGCAGUGUUCUUUUGUGGCCAGAUCAGCGAAAUCACUGAGUCAGCACAUCCUUGUUCAUGGUAAAGAUAAGAGUCAUAAACGUGCCAAACCAUCUCAACUUUGUUGCAAGCUUUGCUGUUUCACCUGCAAACAGGAACGGCGCAUGACUCAGCAUGUCGCACUAAAGCAUGAAGGCGUUCGCCCAUUCUGCUGUCGCUUCUGUGAUUUCAGCACAGCACGCCGUCACCGUCUGGAUGCCCAUGAGUCCAUGCACACGGGUAUAGGCAGGCAUCGAUGUGAGCUGUGUAAUCAAACUUUUGGAACCUCUUCCAAGCUACGCCUGCACCGCCAACGAAUUCACGACAAGCAAGCCACCCACUUCUGCUCUCGGUGUGAUUACAAGGGCUACAACCCAACUGACAUCAGUCGUCAUACCCUCAGUUGCCACACAGGUGAGCUGAGUCACAGAUGCAGUCAGUGUGAUUACUGCUUCAGCUCUGAUAUUGCCUUGAAACAGCACUAUAAACGAACACACCAGACUGCCAAAACCCAUUACUGCAGCCAGUGUAGUUUCAGCUGUGACAGUGACGCUGACCUCAAAGCCCAUUCUCAAAGUAAACAUCCUAAAAGCGAGAAAGCCACUUUCCUAGAAACGGACUCUCACACUCAAUUUGACCCUGAAAAGCACAGCAAGGUCUCUGUCACCCAUCAAUGCCCAGAUUGUCCUUUUACAACAGCAAAGAAGCUGGUUCUCAUCCAGCACAUCUUGGAUGAACAUGAGAGUGGACACGAUGAAGGAAAAAUUUUCAAGUGUGAUAUCUGUGGCUUUUCUUGCUUCCAUCAGUUGGUGUUUGACCAACAUGUCCGGUCACAUGGAGGAACCUGUCUUUACAAGUGCACUGAAUGUGACUUCUCCUCUCGGAACAGACAGAAAAUCACCUGGCACAUUCGCAUUCACACAGGGGAGAAACCAUACCGCUGUGAAAAGUGCAGCUACACCUGUGCAGACCCUUCUCGUCUAAAGUAUCACAUGAGGAUUCACCAGGAUGAGCGCAAAUAUCUCUGUCCAGAAUGUGGGUACAAAUGCAAAUGGGUUAAUCAGUUGAAGUAUCAUAUGACAAAACAUUCAGGAGACAAAUCAUACGCAUGCGAGGAAUGCGAAUACCGCACAAACCGUGCCGAUGCACUACGUGUCCAUCGUGAGACACGGCAUCGUGACACGCGCUCCUUCAUCUGUGAAGAGUGUGGCAAAGCUUUUAAAACACGCUUCCUACUCAAGACACACCAGAAGAGGCACAGCGACGAACGGCCCUACGUGUGCUCUGAGUGCCAGCGAGGCUUCCGUUGGCCAGCUGGACUCCGGCACCACUUCCUCAGCCACACCAACCAGCUGCCAUUCUGCUGUCUCUACUGCUCCUACCGUGCCAAGCAAAGGUUCCAGGUGGUGAAGCAUUUACGGAGGCACCAUCCUGAUAAAUCUUUGCCAAGUGGUGUAGUUAAAGACCCUAAAAUAUCCAGUGUCCCACUGCAGAAGGCCCGGCUUGGGCCAAAGAAUGAGGGACACACAGGGAGUAAAGAUGUUACUAAGGGAGAGAAAGAGACAGAUGAAAUGUAAUAUUUGAGAGCAUAAGCAGGGGAUUAACAGUGGGUUUUUAAUUUCUACAGUGACCCUUUAGCAGUGUUGGCAUGAACAUCGUUUCCAAUAACAAACUCUGCUUUCUAAUAUGGUUUGGAGGAACAUCAUGUGCAAGGCAUAAUAUUACUUUGCGCCAUGAAUAAACCUGAUUCCUCUUACCAAAGUGAAUGACUGUAAAUAGAACAGGCUGUGGACUACAUACAAAAUAUAUCCCUGAUGCAUUAAUUCCUAAACAUUUUUUAUAGAAACAGAAAAAAAAACCAAAAAAAAAAUAGUUUGCCAAAACUAGAUGAACAAGCAUUAUAUAAUAAUAUCACAAGUGCUGAUAUAACAAUUUUAUAAUUUUUAAAUAAUUUCUUUUAAAAAAAUUAAAAUAACAAAGGGCAGCUAAUUCAUUCAUUCAUCUUCUACCGCUUAUCCGAACUACCUCGGGUCACGGGGAGCCUGUGCCUAUCUCAGGCGUCAUGGGGCAUCAAGGCAGGAUACACCCUGGACAGAGUGCCAAUCCAUCGCAGGGCACACACACACUCUCAUUCACUCACGCAAUCACACACUACAGACAGUUUUUCCAGAGAUGCCAAUCAACCUACCAUGCAUGUCUUUGGACCGGGGGAGGAAACCGGAGUACCCGGAAAAACCCCUGAGGCACGGGGAGAACAUGCAAACUCCACACACACAAGGCGGAGGCGGGAAUCGAACCCCCAACCCUGGAGGUGUGAGGCGAACGUGCUAACCACUAAGCUACCGUGCCCCCCCAAACAAUUAUUACUAAUAAAUGCACUACAUAGUAAUGAAUUACUUUUCUUGAUAUCAUACAUUUUUAUAUAAAUUGUUGCCUCGUAGAUAUGUACUACUGUGCUUACUAAUUUGAUUAUUUCAGAAUUGCCUUUUUUCUUAAAUUCUUUUUGACAUAAAUCUCACCCCAUUUGAACAGAUGUAUGUGUCACGAUGCAGGACAAAGGCGAGUGAGGAUCCAAAUGCAGAUUUUAAAGUUUAAUAGUCCAAAACCACAAGAAACAGCUAAACAGACAGAACAGAACAGGGCAGAACACAGAGCUUACAGGAAACAGGAACAGGCACACCGACAUCCAACAUCUAGCAACGACCAACACCAGGGAAGUGAACAAACAGAGUAUAAAUAAGAGACAAGAACCAAUCACACAGCAGAACUAAUUAAAGACAAAGACAAGACACCUGAAGGAGAGAAGGAGUACAAUGAAUGUCCAUGGAAACCAAAGAGUGGGCGGAGCAAACAAUUAACAACCGGGAAAGACAGCAGACAGAAACAGGACAGAAACACAGACAGACUCAUUACAGAGCCCCCCCCCUAGGAGUGGAUUCCAGACACUCCAACGCAGAACCGGAGGGCGGCGGA